GUUGCUCAGUGCUGUGUAGAUGUGGAUGGAGACUUUUCAUUUGAAAUCAGCGCCGCUUCACUGAACCUCGUUUCUUUUUGCGUGUCGUCUCGGUCAAAGAGGUUCAUCUUACUGCGUUUAGCAUGUACACAGAGAGGACCAGCAGUCUCUGAACAGUGUUAUUAUUUGUAGUGCUGAAUGUUAUGUGACUUGGGAUUGAAAAAUGGACCAAGGCGACCGCUCUCCACUCAAGCGCUUUGUACUGGCCAAAAAGAAGAUCAGUGAUGUUUUUGAGCAGCUGCUUGGUUAUGUCCAAGAGAGUUCAGCGUUCAUCAGAGAUACAUGUCACAAUGAAUCGUUGGUGCACAUUGCCAGCAGGGAUCAGUUAGAGGAAACUGAGGCCUACACCAGCAAACUAGCAGUCAUCAGAGAGGUGCUUGCUCGCAGACAUAUGAAGGUGGCUUUUUUUGGCAGAACAAGCAAUGGGAAGAGCACAGUUGUAAACGCUAUGCUGCGGGACCGGGUGCUGCCCAGCGGCAUUGGCCACACGACAAACUGCUUUCUGAGCGUUGAGGGAACAGAUGAAGACAAGGCUUACUUAAAGACAGAAGGAUCGGAAGAAGAAAAAAGCAUCAAGACAGUCAAUCAGCUGGCUCAUGCACUGCACAUGGACGAGAGUCUUGAUGCUGGCUGCCUGGUCAAAGUUUUCUGGCCCAAAUCAAAAUGUGCUCUGCUCAGAGAUGAUCUGGUUCUCGUGGACAGUCCCGGGACUGACGUCACCACACAGCUGGACAGCUGGAUCGACAAGUUCUGUCUGGAUGCUGAUGUGUUUGUACUGGUAGCUAACUCUGAAUCCACACUUAUGAACACGGAGAAACACUUCUUCCACAAAGUAAACGAGCGCUUAUCAAAACCCAACAUUUUCAUCUUGAAUAAUCGCUGGGAUGCUUCUGCUGCUGAGCCUGAAUACAUGGAGGAUGUGCGCAAGCAGCACAUGGACAGGUGUGUGCACUUCUUGGUGGAGGAACUGAAGGUGGUGGAUCAUCAGCAGGCUCCCAAUCGCAUCUUCUUUGUGUCUGCUAAGGAAGUUUUGAAUUCCAGAAUGCAACGGGCUCAGGGUAUGCCAGAGACUGGAGGAGCGUUAGCAGAGGGCUUCCAGGAAAGACUAAAGGAGUUCCAGAAUUUCGAGAGAAUGUUUGAGGAGUGUAUCUCGCAGUCAGCAGUGAAAACAAAGUUUGAGCAGCACACAAUCAGGGCAAAGCAGAUUACUGAAAGUGUUAAAGACAUCAUGGAUCAAAUCAACAUCACAGCUGCUGAAAAGAGGGUGGCCUCUCUGGAAGAGAGAGAGUAUCUAAUGGACCGGCUGGAGUUUGUUCGAAAUCAACUUAACCUUUUGACUGAAGACAUCAAAAGGAAAAUCAAGAUGGUCUCAGAGGAGGUGGCUAACCAGGUAUCUAAUGCCAUGGCAAAUGAGAUCUGCCGACUCUCAGUGCUAAUGGAUGAGUUUAAUGCAGACUUCCAUCCAUCCCCCCAUGUGCUGAAGAUCUACAAGUCUGAACUGCUUAAUCAUGUGGAGAGGGGCAUGGGGAAGAACAUAGCUUUUCGCUGCUCUGAUGCAGUCAAUGCUUCUGUGCAGUCUUCUCAAAAAGAAAUGAUCGAAUGUUUGCAGCCUCUGCUGCCGUCUGCUAUUCAGAACCAAAUCCAAAUGCUGAUCCCCUGCAGGAAGUUUGACCUCAACUACGACCUGAACUGUGCCACGCUUUGUGCCGAUUUCCAGGAGAACAUUGAAUUUCAGUUUUCGCUAGGCUGGACUACCCUGGUCAGCCGCUUCCUCGGCCCGGCCAAUGCCAAGCGAGCCCUCAUGUUGGUGGACCGGAACUUGCUCUCAUGCCCUUUGGCCACCACCCCGUCAGGUGGUCCUGUGGUACAGGCUUCAGUCCCUGGACCUGCAGCUGCUCCGAGCCAGACGCAGGCUGUGAUGAGUCAAGAGGAGAUCAUGAUGUCCAUGGUUACAAAUGUGGCUUCACUCACAUCACGCACGUCCAUGAGCUUGGUUCUCGUUGGUGGAAUGGUGUGGAAGACAAUAGGCUGGAGAAUCAUUGCUCUGUCUAUGAGUCUUUAUGGCUUGCUUUACCUGUUUGAAAAACUCACCUGGACUACCAGGGCCAAGGAACGAGCUCUGAAGAAGCAAUUUGUAGAUUAUGCAACUGAGAGACUUCAGAUGAUGGUCAGUGUCACCAGUUCAAACUGCAGCACUCAGGUCCAGCAGGAGAUAGCCAGCACCUUUGCCAGGUUGUGCAAACAGGUGGAUGUGACUCAGCAGGAUUUGGAGAGUGAAAUUAAGCAGCUGACAAUAAAGAUCCAGCAGCUAGAGACGGUCCAGAGCAGCUCUAAAGCACUUAGACACAAAGCUACAGAUCUGGAGAGGCAGCUGGAGAGCUUCACCAACCAGUAUCUCCAACCACAGAAUUGAACUCCUGCUUAAUUCACAGUCGCAGCUCCUUCAUCAGGCCACCUGGAACUAGACUUUGGGUUCCUUUUACAUUCACGUGUCCUCCAGGAAGCAGCUCUUUGUCUGCACUUUAACAAGGUUUAGCAUUGAAAUCUGUCACAUACACGAAUAUUGUCACUGGUGGCUUGAGACUUUCACAUGAAGAAUGUAUUUAUGGUUUGAUUGCUGUGUUUCACCUUGAAUCUGUUCUGUAAUGAGAUUACAAAGCAUUGAUAUCACUACUGUAUGAACUGUGAAAAAGGCGCAUGAAGAAAAACAUCACGGCUCUAGAAGGGCUGAGUGGUAGAACUUGAGUGGUAGAACUUGAGUGGUAGCUGCCCAGUCGACAUGACUCUUCUGAGCACGGUGUAAAACAUUUUCUUACUGAACAAAACAUGAUUACUUCUUCUUUUAUUUAGCUGGCAUGAAACAGUCUAUUUCCAAGCUCUGUUUUCUAAAAAUAAAAAAGUUGAAGAAGUCUUUAUCUAAAA